GUCUCCUUAAAAUGACGGCAUCGAAGAAGAAAGUCUCGUUGCUGCAAGCAUUUGUCUGUCCUCUCUCCUCGAUGAGAUUUCUGGUGGGAGUCGUUAGCAUUUAAACAGAGGAGAGAGGAGCGAGGACUUAAGAAGUUGCAAAUAGAGAAAUGAGCUAAGCCCAGAAACGUAUGACAUCCCUUGAGGUCGUGUUCAGUUUUCGUUAUUAGCAUUUUUUCCCCCCCACCGCGUCUGUUCUCGCGACGAAUGAUGAAUUUUAGUAGAAUACUUGUCCUCUCCAACUGUUUUCAAAUACGAAAGCAGCUGCUGCGCUGUAUAUGGCCAAAAUAUGUCCAUUGUUUCUCGUUGCAGAGGUCAAUUAAAACUCAUUCUCGAAACCAGGCGUAUGCCAAAGACUUGUUCCUCGGUCAAGUCAACAAGGCAGAAGUAUUCCCUUAUCCAGAAAUUGAAAUUGAAGAGUUGGAGGAGAUCAAGCAGUUCGUUGCUCCGGUGGAAAAAUUCUUCAAUGAGCAAGUUGACUCAGCAAAGAUAGACAGAGAAGCCAGAAUUCCCACACAGACGUUGAAUGGCUUAAAAGAGCUCGGACUUUUUGGAAUCCAGGUUCCCGAGCAAUAUGGAGGUCUUGGAUUGUCCAAUACCAUGUAUGCACGACUAGCUGAAAUAAUCUCAUUAGAUGGCUCUAUUGCAGUGACACUGGCUGCUCAUCAAGCAAUUGGACUGAAGGGUAUACUAAUUGCGGGGAAUGAAUCCCAGAAGAAGAAGUAUCUGCCCAAAUUAGCCUCAGGGGAACACAUUGCUGCUUUUUGUUUGACUGAGGCUGGAAGUGGAAGUGACGCAGCCUCCAUUCAGAUGCGAGCAACAUUGUCAGAUGAUGGAAAACAUUACCUUCUCAAUGGAUCAAAGAUUUGGAUUUCAAACGGUGGAAUGGCUGACAUCAUGACUGUGUUUGCACGGACUGAGGUAGUUGUCAAUGACAUGAAGAAAGACAAGAUUUCUGCGUUUCUUGUUGAGAGAGCUUUUGGAGGCAUUACUUCUGGAAAACCUGAGGACAAACUUGGCAUCAGGGGCUCCAACACUUGUGAAGUGUCAUUUGACAAUGUUCCAGUGCCGCUGGAAAAUAUUAUUGGACAAAUAGGGGAUGGAUUCAAGAUCGCCAUGAAUAUACUCAACUCUGGAAGAUUCAGCAUGGGAAGUUCUUCAGCUGGAAUGAUUAAAAAAAUCAUUGAACUGACCUCUGAAUAUGCUGCAACAAGGAAGCAGUUUAACAAAAGCUUAAGUGAAUUUGGUAUGAUACAGGAGAAAUUUGCAGUCAUGGCCCUGAAUGCCUUUGUGAUGGAGAGCAUGGCAUACCUGACAUCAGGAAUGAUGGACCGACCUGGGCUACCAGAUUGUUCUUUAGAGGCUGCUGUGGUCAAGGUGUUCAGCUCCGAGGGAGGCUGGAUUUGUGUCAGUGAAGCUCUUCAGGUCCUUGGAGGUCUGGGAUAUACAAAGAACUACCCAUAUGAGCGUUACAUCAGGGACUGUCGUAUCCUGCCUAUCUUUGAGGGCACCAAUGAAAUUCUGAGAAUGUACAUCGCUCUUACUGGAAUGCAAUAUGCUGGCAAAAUUCUCACAGGGAAAAUAAAGGAGAUGAAGAAAGGAAAUAUCGGUCUGGCUUUCGAAAUGAUUGGCAAAAAAUUGAAAAACUCCUUUGGAAGUGUAACAAACGAUGUCCUUUCGGGAAAGAACGGAGUUGUUCAUCCAAGCUUAGCUGGAAGUGCACAGAAGUUUGAACAGAAUGUUCAUCUUUUUGGAUCAACUGUGGAGAGCCUGUUGUACAGAUAUGGAAAGACAAUCGUGGAUGAACAGCUCAUUCUGAAGAAAGUAGCAGAUGUGCUUAUCAACCUGUAUGCGAUGACAGCUGUCCUGUCUAGAAGUAGCCGUUCCAUCAGACUCGGCCUGAGGAGUCAUGACCAUGAGGUGUUGCUCACAAAUACCUUCUGCAAUGACGCUUACUUCAAGAACAAUUACUGGAUGACUCAGUUGCAAAAAAACUCGCCUGAGAACAAUGAUGCCAGCAUUAAGAAGAUUGCCAAGGAGGUCUUGGAGAAUAGGUCAUACAUCUGCUCGCAUCCUCUUGAAAGGACAUACUGAGUUCUCCCAUGUGCAUCCACUACUGUUUGAUGAUGUUUCAAUGUACUAUUGCUUGAGUGCAAAAUUGGUCCAUCUCUUUACAGAGGAAAAGAUAGAUUGUGGUAAUUGCUGCCUUUAUGCCUGACAUCACAAAGUAAAAUUUGUUCUUUUUUUUUUUUUCAUGGCACUGAUAUCAUCUUGAGUGCUUGUUCAUUUGAGCUUGUGUUAAAUGUAAAAUGAGAAAAAAAUGAAAUAAAGACGGAGGUAAGAUAA